UAAUUGACUUCACAUUUGAUAACAAUUUAGUGAAAACAUUAAUUGCAUUCAAAUUGUAUCAAAAAUUUAUACAUAUUUUAAUUGAUAUACAAUUGGUUUUAGUAUUUGAUUGUGUUUUGCGAUCAGUUUUAGCCUUUUGUUUGCAAAUAAUGUCUAACUUUAAGAGUGAAGUGAUUCAGAGGUUAAGAGCGGAUAUUCGUUCAAAACUGGACCAAAUCGGGGCGUUUGUAGACAAUGAAUUAGCGGAUUAUAUAAUGGUUUUGGUCGCCAAUCAAAAGUCCAAAUAUCAGAUGAAAGACGAUUUGUCGCUGUUUUUGGGCGCAGAGACGGAUCAGUUCGUCAAUUGGUUGGCCAAUACUCUCAAACGACUACAACUCGCCAAUCAA